CCCUGCCACCAAUGAAGCCAAAAGACAUUUUCUUCUCUCUACCUAAUACAUAAUUCAACAAUUAAUACACACGUUUUUGAAGACACCAUUUUCCUUUUCCCUUGUCAUGUAAAGUUCUUAUCUUUGUCACAUUUUAAACAACCAGAUCAUCAUUUUGUUUCUAAAAGACUCAAUAUUUUAUUGUGUUUUUUUUGUUUUGACUAUGUUUGUGUCAAACUACAAACAAAGGUUGUCUGUUUUUGUAGUUUCAUUGUCAUGGAUGUCCAAUGGAAGUGUGGUUAUGGCUUCCCAUGAGAGUAGUGAGAGUAUUAAAGACCUCGAUCAAACACCAACAUGGGCUGUUGCUUCUGUUUGCACUGUUUUUAUUUUGAUUUCUAUAAUCCUUGAGAAAUCUCUCCACAAAAUAGGAACGUGGCUGCGAGAAAGGCACAAGAAGCCUUUGCUUGAAGCUCUUGAAAAGGUCAAGGCGGAAUUGAUGAUUUUAGGCUUCAUAUCAUUGCUUUUGACAUUUGGGCAGACCUAUAUUGUUAGAAUAUGCAUUCCUGCAAAUGUGGCACACAAAUUUUUGCCAUGUCCAUAUAAUAGUACCCAACAUGAAAACAAUGAUGAAGAGGAACAUCAUAGGAAACUUCUCCUUUAUCAACACAGGUAUUUAUCAGAAGAAGCUACCCAUUUCCAAUGCAAGGAGGGUAAAGAGCCUCUUAUAUCUGAAGAAGGAUUGCACCAAUUACACAUCCUCAUAUUCUUCUUAGCAUUUCUCCAUGUUCUAUAUAGUGCUGUCACAAUGCUUCUCGGAAGACUAAAGAUACGAGGAUGGAAGGCGUGGGAGGCGGAGACUUUGUCUCUGGGAUACGAGUUCGCGAAUGAUCCUUCAAGAUUCCGGCUUACACACGAAACAUCGUUUGUUAGACAGCAUUUCACUUUUUGGACUAAAAAUCCAAUUUUCUUCUAUAUAAGUUGCUUCUUUAGACAGUUUUAUAGAUCGGUUGAUAAGCCCGACUAUCUGACUCUGCGCAAUGGAUUUAUCGCUGUUCAUCUGUCACCGGGAAGUAAAUUUAACUUCCGAAAAUAUAUCAAAAGAUCGUUGGAAGAUGACUUCAAGGUCGUUGUCGGAGUUAGUCCGGUCCUUUGGGCAUCAUUUGUUUUCUAUUUACUCCUAAAUGUUAAUGGAUGGCAUGCUAUAGUUUGGGCAUCCUUGAUUCCUGUUGUUAUAAUUUUAAUUGUUGGAACAAAACUUCAAGCCACAUUGUCAAAGAUGGCCAUUGAAAUCACAGAAAAACAUGCAGUUAUCCAAGGGAUUCCUCUUGUUCAAGGCUCGGACAGAUAUUUUUGGUUCGGUCGGCCUCAGUUAGUUCUUCAUCUUAUCCAUUUCGCUCUAUUCCAGAAUGCCUUUCAAAUAACAUAUAUCUUGUGGAUAUGGUAUUCUUUUGGGCGCGAAAAUUGUUUCCAUGCCGAUAGAAGUAUUGCAAUAGUCAAAUUAGGUUUAGGGGUUGGGGUGCUAUGUCUUUGCAGCUACAUUACCCUUCCACUAUAUGCUCUUGUUACUCAGAUGGGAUCAAGAAUGAAAAAAUCAAUAUUUGAUGAACAAACAUCAAGAGCCUUGAAAAAAUGGCACAAUGCUGUGAAAAAGAAGCACGGAUUGAAGCUAGGAAAGUCGAGUGUGCGAACCAUGGAUGGAAGCACUUCAACAAUGCAGUCUACUAGUACUAGCCCAACACUACACCGUCACAAUACCACGAGUCACUCAACUCGCACCGUUUCAGCCUAUGAUGAUGACCGAGAUCUUUACCAAUCUGAUAUUGAAUUGUCUCCGACGUCACCAACAUCGAACUUAUUUGCAGUACGGGUUGAUCACGUUGAGAAAGUUGAGCAAGAUGCAAAAGAAAAUGAACAGAAAAGUGCGGUAGAAAUGGUUGAACAAGAACCAGCGAUAAGAGGUAGUAGCUUCUCAUUUGUCAGGUCAGAUCAUCCGAAAAGAUGUUUGAAUUGAAAAGGAAUCACCAGUUACUUUAUUCAACAAUUUUUUGUUAUAGCUUGUUCAUAUAUUAUAUAUGCUUAGAUAUUUAUAGAUAUUGGUAUAUACUUAAAUUAGAUUUAGUAAGUUUUGUACAUUCUUUUUCUUAUAGAACACUUGUCUGCUAUGUAAACUUUACCGUUUGCUCUAAAUCAUGGUUAUAGUUAAAGCCUUG